CAGCAUUUUUUUCCUCCUGGCUGCAGAGUCUGUCUCACACUCAGAAGUUGGAGUUUGUUCGCCUCAAUUUGCUGCAAACAAAGCUGGAAAUAUUUCCUCACAUCGAAGUCCAACCGGUUCCUCCUAUGUAAGAGGAAAGUUUGAGGCGGAAAAGCCGAAGAGAAGAAAUAAGAAUUCAGAAGUUAGGGGGAAAAAAAGAAAAGAAAGCAGAGGAGCCAGGAGGAGGAAAAGAGGUCGAAGUAACUAUGGACGUCCCUGGUAUGCAGAAUACCCAAGUUGAUCCAGAGGAGCUGUUCACUAAACUGGAUCGAAUCGGGAAGGGAUCAUUUGGAGAGGUUUUCAAAGGCAUCGAUAAUCGCACUCAGAGCGUCGUCGCCAUCAAGACCAUCGACCUGGAGGAGGCCGAGGAUGAGAUCGAGGACAUCCAGCAGGAGAUCACGGUGCUCAGUCAGUGCGACAGUCCGUACAUCACCAAGUACUUCGGCUCCUACCUGAAGGGCAGUAAACUAUGGAUCAUCAUGGAGUAUCUGGGAGGAGGUUCAGCGCUGGACUUGCUGAAGGCCGGUCCGUUUGACGAGGCUCAGAUUGCCACCAUGCUGAAGGAGAUCCUGAAGGGGCUGGAUUACCUCCACUCAGAGAAGAAGAUCCACAGAGACAUCAAAGCCGCCAAUGUCCUGCUGUCCGAGCACGGGGAGGUGAAGCUGGCCGACUUCGGAGUGGCGGGUCAGCUGACCGACACGCAGAUCAAGAGGGAAACCUUUGUUGGAACGCCCUUUUGGAUGGCGCCCGAGGUCAUCCAGCAAUCAGCGUACGACUCAAAGGCGGACAUCUGGUCCCUGGGCAUCACUGCCAUCGAGCUCGCCAAAGGAGAACCUCCCAACUCGGACAUGCAUCCGAUGAGAGUGCUGUUCCACAUUCCCAAAUCUCCUCCUCCGAUCCUGACAGGCGAUUUCUCCAAGAGCUUUAAAGAUUUUACCGAGGCCUGUCUCAACAAGGACCCCUCAUUUCGUCCCACAGCCAAGGAGCUGCUCAAACACAAGUUCAUCGUCAAACACUGCAAGAAGACGUCCUACCUCAGCGAGCUGAUCGACCGGCACAGGCGGUGGAGGGAGGAGGGCCACAGCGACAGCAGCUCCGACGACUCAGACAGUGAAUCCAGUAAUAAAGAGAACAGCGAGUGUCCUGAGUGGUCGUUCACCACCGUCCGUAAGAAGAAGCCAGAAGGCAGGAAGGUUCUCAACGGGACGAGCCAGGAUCAGCUGAGUAAAUCUUCCAGUUUGUCCACGCUCAUCGCUCCAAUCUUCUCUGAGUUGAAGCUGCAGCACAAGGAACACUCUGAGCAGCGACAGGCUAUUGAAGAGCUGGAGAAAAACAUUCAGCUGGCUGAAAAAAAUUGUCCAGGCAUCACAGACAGGAUGGUCACACACAUCGUUGCCAGAUAUACAACAAAAUGAUGAACGGAUGGAGGGAAUAAUGAAGGAAAAUAGGAAAAGACUGUCUCCCUGAAGGGGUGACGCUGCUUGAUGAUGAAAACGGAGAAGAUCUCGCGGUGCGACGUCUCCUCCGUGUACACACAUGACUCAUCACACACUAAUAAUGUAAUAUAUACACUAUGUUUUAUAUAUUUACUGCUGCUGGUUGUGGACAUUUUUCCUGCCUUUCGUUUGAAUAGGAAAUAUAGACUUUUUUUGUUAGAAAUAUGCAGAUCAAUGAAAAACCACCAGUGCCUUGAAUAUUUUGUCAUUUUUUUUAAGCAUAAGAUUAUCAAUGUUUUUCAUUGUUUUAACAAAAUCCCUAGAAAUGCAACACAGACAGUUAUGUCCAUCAGCAGUAGUAGCUUCUGUCUUUGUUUCAUGACUUGCUUUAAGUUUGUACGUGUCUGUAUGUUUGUUUAGUAGCACUUGAGACAGAUUCUCUGCCAAUAAUACAUUUGUUUGGUGUUCUUAGUAAUGCUGUUUAAUUACAGUUCCCUAAACUAAAGUUCAGUGGAGUUUAGAAUACCUCAGGUUGUUAACUUUAGUUAUCAGUUAGAUUAAAAUGUGACGUUGAUAUUAGCCUUCAUUGGAGAUGCCCUAAGCAUUUACAGAGAAAAAAAUAUAUAUUUAAUUUAAUACAUUUUAAAAUAUUUUUUAAAAUUUUGCCCUACUUUUAACAGGUACAGGCAAAUUUCAGAACUUAUCGCGGUUCAAAAUCCUCAAAAAUUUUGGGAGCCGAUACAAACUAGCCUAGCUAAGCCGCUAAAGUCUGAAACCUUCACUUCAGUCAAUAGUUCAGGGCCUCGCAAGCUAAUUACUAACGCGGCUAAUAUAAGCAAAGAAAACGGGCUUAAUUUUUUUUUAUAUUUCCCCAAACAAUAUUCUUUAAAACUGAGGACUUUGAUCCUAUGUUUUAAAAUUUGAAGGUGUUCCAAACAAAUGAAGGGUAAUUACACAAACAGAAAAACAAAGCUAAGUCUUUAGCAAGUUUUUGAGACAAUUGAGUCCGGGGUUUUUCAGGGACAGCCAUAUUUUUGAAAACUGAUUAAGUUAAAAAAAAAAAAAUAGAGCUAAGAGAAUCUAGCCGAGCUAGGCAGCUAGUAGCUUUUUGAGCGGUUUACUAGCUAGCUUACUUAGGCUAACUAGUAAACUUCAACUAAGCUAACUAGUUAAUGUAUUUUUGUAAAUGACAUAAAAUGAUGUAGGUACAAAUUCUCUUUUUUGUUGCUGUUUUUAUUUUAUGUUUUUGCUUUGGGUUGUGAAAUAAUUCUUUUACUGUGAAAGUUUCUUUGUUUUGUGCCGUUUGAGGGAGUUAUUCAGAAAUAAACGUCUUCCAUAGUUAUGGAAAGUCAGACUUUCUGUAUGUACAGAGUUUGGACAUCUAUGUAGAGAAAUGUUGUCAGAAAGUUAUAUUUUUAAGGAACUAUUCAUUGUCUUAAAUAUUGUUUUGAACGUUUCCCCCCAAAGAUAGUGCUGGGAACUGUAAUUAAACAUAUUACUGACAGUUUGUACCAAAGACACUAUAAGACUUGGUCUCUGUACAUUUUUUUUUCUUUUUUUGACUUUUUAUAUAUCAUAAGGGAUUUAACAAUGCUUGUCAAAGGGGGAAUUGUAAAAUUACAGUUGUACAAUUUUACAGUAAAAGUUUUUUUUUUUUUGUAGCAGGACCUUUAGAGUUUUAUGAAUAAAUAUUUAAGCCUGA